CAUGCCGGGACUGCUAAUGGAUUUAGGGAGAGCGCAAGUGACCAUGCCGUGAUCUUGCGCAUCCAGGGCCGCCGUCACCCUGCCUUGCCCAGCGACCGGAGAAGAAUUACGGGGGAAUCGAACCCGCGCACCGGGGGGGUUUAAACCGCUGUGCAUCCUUUUUUUUUUCUUCCCACAACAACAUGAAGAUUACCUCCCAUCAUCUGAUGAUAACCAGUCUCGUUUUCAGGUCCAACCUCAGGCUGAUCCCGCUUCUGCUGCUGCUGCUUCUUGGAUACACUCGCGGGAUGCCACACGUUUUGAGAUUCGGAGGAAUAUUUGAAUCCAUCGAGAGCGGCCCCUCCGGAGCAGAGGAACUAGCCUUUAAAUUUGCCUUGAACACAAUCAACAGGAACCGCACCUUGCUCCCCAACACCACGCUGACCUAUGACAUCCAGAGAAUCAACAUCUUCGACAGCUUCGAGGCCUCCAGGAAAGCAUGUGACCAGCUCUCCCUCGGGGUGGCGGCCAUUUUUGGCCCCUCGCACAGCUCGUCGGCCAAUGCAGUCCAAUCCAUAUGCAACGCUCUGGGCGUGCCCCACAUCCAGACCCGGUGGAAGCACCAGGUGUCGGACAACAGGGACUCGUACUACGUCAGCCUGUACCCCGACUUCUCGUCCCUCAGCAGAGCCAUCCUGGACCUGGUGCACUUCUUCAAGUGGAGGACGGUCACUGUUGUCUAUGAUGACAGCACAGGUCUCAUUCGACUGCAGGAGCUGAUCAAGGCGCCGUCACGAUACAACAUCCGUUUGAAGAUCCGACAGCUGCCCACCGAGACCAAGGACGCCAAGCCCCUUCUGAAGGAGAUGAAGAAAGCCAAGGAGUUCCACGUCAUCUUUGAUUGUGGCCAUGAGAUGGCUGCCUGGAUCCUGAAGCAGGCCCUCGCCAUGGGGAUGAUGACAGAGUACUACCAUUAUAUUUUUACUACCCUGGACCUGUACGCCCUGGACAUGGAGCCGUAUCGUUUCAGCGGCGUCAACAUGACGGGGUUCCGCAUCCUCAACACGGAGAGCUCUCAGGUGACGUCCAUCAUCGAGAAGUGGUCGAUGGAGCGGCUGCAGGCCCCCCCCAAGCCGGACUCUGGCCUGCUGGAUGGAUUCAUGACGACGGACGCGGCGCUGAUGUACGACGCGGUGCACGUGGUGGCGGUGGCGGUGCAGCAGUCGCAGCAGAUCACCGUCAGCUCUCUGCAGUGCAACCGCCACAAGCCGUGGCGCUUCGGCGGGCGUUUCAUCAGCCUCAUCAAAGAGGCUCACUGGGACGGCUUGACGGGACGGGUUCACUUCAACAAGAGCAACGGGCUGAGAACGGAUUUCGACCUGGACGUGAUCAGCCUGAAGGAGGAAGGGCUGGAAAAGAUCGGAACGUGGGAUCCUCCCAGUGGCCUGAAUAUGACAGACAGUCACAGGAGCAGGACGUCCAACAUCACCGACUCUCUGGCCAACAAAUCCCUGCGUGUAUCCACGAUACUGGAGGAGCCGUACGUGAUGUUUAAGAAGUCGGACAAGCCUCUGUAUGGGAACGACCGCUUCGAGGGCUACUGCAUCGACCUGCUGAGGGAGCUCUCCACCAUCCUGGGUUUCCGCUAUGAGCUGCGAUUGGUGGAGGACGGGAAGUUCGGCGCACUGGACGAGAGCACGGGCCAAUGGAACGGCAUGGUGCGGGAGCUCAUAGACCACAAAGUCGACCUGGCGGUGGCUCCUCUGGCCAUCACCUACAUCAGGGAGAAGGUCAUCGACUUCUCCAAGCCCUACAUGACGCUGGGGAUAAGUAUCCUGUACCGCAAGGCCAACGGAACCAACCCCGGGGUCUUCUCCUUCCUCAACCCCCUCUCACCCGAUAUCUGGAUGUAUAUUCUGCUGGCUUGCUUGGGUGUCAGUUGUGUGCUGUUUGUCAUAGCCAGGUUUAGCCCUUACGAGUGGUACAACCCGCACCCCUGCAACCCCGACUCAGACGUAGUGGAAAACAAUUUUACGCUGCUCAAUAGUUUCUGGUUUGGAGUCGGGGCUCUCAUGCAGCAAGGAUCAGAGCUCAUGCCCAAGGCCCUGUCGACUCGAAUAGUGGGAGGCAUCUGGUGGUUCUUCACCCUCAUCAUCAUUUCCUCGUACACGGCCAACCUGGCGGCCUUCCUCACCGUGGAGAGGAUGGAGUCGCCCAUCGACUCGGCCGACGACCUGGCCAAACAAACUAAGAUCCUGUACGGCGUGGUGGAGGACGGCGCCACGAUGACCUUCUUCAAGAAGACGAAAAUCUCCACCUACGACAAGAUGUGGGAGUUCAUGAACAGCCGGAGACAGUUGGUGGUGGUGAAGGACGUGGAGGAGGGAAUCCAACGCGCCCUGACCUCGGACUACGCCUUCCUCAUGGAGUCCACCACCAUCGAGUUUGUCACGCAGCGCAACUGCAACCUCACGCAGAUCGGAGGCCUCAUAGACUCCAAGGCCUACGGAGUGGGAACGCCGAUGGGCUCUCCGUACAGAGACAAGAUCACUAUAGCCAUUUUGCAGCUGCAGGAGGAAGGGAAGCUGCACAUGAUGAAGGAGAAGUGGUGGAGGGGGAACGGCUGUCCUGAAGAGGAGAGCAAAGAGGCCAGCGCUCUGGGGGUGCAGAACAUCGGAGGGAUCUUCAUCGUGCUGGCGGCGGGACUGGUGCUGUCAGUGUUCGUGGCUGUGGGGGAGGUCCUCUACAAGUCCAAACAGAACGCCCAGCUGGAGAAGCGGUCAUUCUGCAGCGCCAUGAUGGACGAGCUCCGCGUGUCUCUGAAGUGCAAACGCCGGCUCAAACAAAAGCCUCAGCCGCCCGCCAUCGUUAAGACGGAGGAGGUCAUCAACAUGCACACGUUCAACGACAGGAGACUCCCGGGCAAGGAAACCAUGGCGUGA